UAACAAUUUUUACGCAACACCGUUUCGUGACUUCCUGCUUGAUAAAUUUAGAAAUUAGUAAUUAGAAGACUUUUGAAAUAAAAUAAAGUACCCAUAUGAAAUAAACACGUAAAUAAUUAUGUGUUCAAUACGUGAGUGACAUGUAAAUCAAAAUCGAAUGCUCCUGUCUGUAAUGUCAACAAAGUUAUUAGUAAAAGAAUAUUCGGAUACGCUAUUUCGGAUAAAAUAUCAAGUUAUUGAUAUUGCACUAUACCAAUUUGUUGUUUAAAUUGGUAAAGAUAGAAAAUGAAAUUCAAGACAGUUUUAGAAGGUGAACAAGCAGUGAUAUUCAACCAUCUUGGGGAAGGUAGACUUGUGGUUGGACCUGCACGGGUGUUUUUGUUCAGGGAGAGGUUACAGAAGUUGAAAAGACACACAGCAACACAACAUGAGUAUUUGAAAAUCAGGGAUAACAAUGGAAUUGUUACUCACAAACCUGGACCGUGUGAGAUAUUUUUCAACCCAAUGUUACAUGAGAAUAUAAAUGUGAUGGAUGCACUGAAGCUAGAUGCUAACCACAUGAUUGUUGUAUAUAAGAGGUUAAAGGACAGCACGGUACAACGAAGAAUUAUACAAGGUCCGACUGUAUUUGUACCAGAGGCAGAAGAAUGGUUACAUGAGUUUAAAUGGCAUGGUACUGACCCAGACAACAAAACGAGGAUGAUUCCUGGCAAAGAUAAAUUCCAUCAACUUGCUGUUAUCCCAGAACAGUUCUAUUACAAUGUACGAGAUGUAAGAACAAAUGAUGAUACUAUGAUCACAGUCAAGUUGAUGCUGUUUUAUGAGCUCAAAGAUGUUCUCAAAAUGCUUGACACAACACACGACCCAAUAGCUGAUAUGAUCAAUGGAAUGUGUGCAGAUGUGAUAGCAUUUACUGGCAAGUUAAGCUUUGAGCAGUUUUUGAAAGAGUCGCACAAACUCAGUGAUUUAACAUCAUAUACUCAGUUAGAACAGAGAGCAGAAAAGAUAGGGUACCAGUUACAGAAAAUAGUCUUUAGAGGGUACCAUUCCAGCGAUCAAUUACAGAUGAUGCAAAACAGUGCGAUUGAGUCUCGAACCCAGCUUCGUCUGAACACAGAGAUAGAGGGGCAAAAACAACUACUAGCUGACCUGAAGAUGAAUAAAGAACAGGAGAGGGUUAAACUCAGUACGUACAUUAUACCAAUCUGUUAA